AUGGCAUCCCUCCGAGCCUACAACGCGGCCCGCAUCCUGCGGAACGCCGCUCCCUUCCGAGCUUCCGUCUCCGCCCCCAUAACCGCUCGCCGAUUCGAGAGCUCGCUCACGACCGGUACGACACAGCCCGCCGCCGCCAUUCCCCCCUCGACCGAGCAGAACGAGCCCGACUACAGCAUCGCCGCCGACAAGGCCACCUCGACCUUCACGCCGACACCCAAGAAGCUCCAGAACGGCAGCGAGGACGUUCCCUACAUCCAGGCCGCCGUCAUCUCGGGUGCUCCCAUGGAGCUCCAGGCUCGCACUGUCCGCAUCUACCAGGAGGCCAAACCCGCAACGCAAUCCGGCAACUGGAAGGGCCACCACUGGCGCAUGGACUGGGACAUUCUCCCCAAGGGCCACCGAUGGGAGAACCCGCUGAUGGGCUGGCAGUCGUCGGCGGACAUGAUGCAGGGCACCAAGCUCAACUUCAAGUCCAAGGAAGACGCCAUCCACUUUGCAGAGAAGCAGGGCUACGAAUACUUUGUGCAGGAGCCCCAGUCAAGGCGGAUCAAGCCCAAGGCCUACGCCAACAACUUUCUUUACUCGCCCAAGAAGCUCAAGCACAUCCGAGCCAAAUAG